GCAGGUUUAAAGAGAAACUACAAAGUUUUGCAAAAAUACAAAACAAAAUCAGUGGGUUAAAUAUUUAGUAAAUUAGUACUUAGACUUAACCAUAGAUCAGAAUAAUGUUGGAUUUAAACGCCUGGAGGUAAUGUUGCUACGUCAGUGUGUUUUCCGAGGAGGGGGCUGGUGUUAUUUCAGUGGGCCAACAUGGCAAAUAGGCGGGGUUAAUUGGACCAUUCGGGAGUGAAAUGCUUUGAGCUGACAUGGUUGGAGUCAGAGAAAAUGGAGGUGCAGCUUUGCUUCAUGUAGGCUCUGGAUUUUCUAACUCCAACCAAAGUGCUCCACGGGUCAGCUACAUCCGAUAAGAAGAUUUUUUUCUGCCUGCACAAUGUUUUGCUGACAAUCUAUGAAAAUCUAGCAAAUACUUGGCAUCAAAGAAGCCAUGGCAACGACAGCGCUGACCGGUUUCUCUGUGAUGAGCCUACUUAGCCUUGGGUAUCUGAGCUGGGAUAUGAUGAGCCCUAACCAGGUGGAAAAUCAGCCUGGCCAAACUUUUUAUGACAGCUCUUCUGUCCCACACCCUCCUCAUAUAAUCUUUAUCAUGACAGAUGACCAAGGGUUCAAUGACAUCGGAUAUCACAGCUCCGACAUUAGGACGCCGGUGUUGGAUAAACUGGCUGCGGAUGGAGUGAAGCUGGAGAAUUAUUACGUCCAACCCAUCUGCACCCCUUCCAGGAGUCAAUUCAUCACCGGCAGGUACCAAAUUCACACUGGCCUCCAGCACUCCAUCAUCUGCCCCCGCCAGCCCAACUGCCUGCCCUUUGACCUGGUCACCCUCCCCCAGAGGCUCCAGCAGCUUGGUUACUCCACCCACAUGGUGGGCAAGUGGCACCUUGGCUUUUACAAGAAGCAGUGUCUACCCACUCGUCGUGGCUUUGACACGUACUUCGGCUCCCUGACAGGAAGCGUGAACUACUACACCUACGAGUCCUGUGACGGUCCCGGACUCUGUGGCUUCGACCUCCACGAGGGAGAAUCUACCGCCGGGAGUCACAAAGGCAAAUAUUCCACUCAUCUGUACACACGAAGAGUCCGGAAGAUCCUGGCGACUCACAAUCCUCUGUCCCAACCACUCUUCAUCUUCCUCUCGUUCCAAGCUGUUCACACACCCUUACAGUCUCCGCGGGAAUACAUCUACCCAUAUCGAGGGAUGGAGAACAUUCCACGUAGGAGGUAUGCCGCGAUGGUCUCAACCGUGGACGAGGCUGUUCGGAAUAUAACAUACGCUCUGCGAAAGUAUGGGUACUAUCAGAACAGUGUGCUUAUUUUCUCCACUGAUAAUGGUGGCCAGCCUCUUUCUGGUGGAAAUAACUGGCCUCUGAGAGGACGCAAAGGCACAUACUGGGAAGGGGGUGUCCGAGCUUUGGGGUUUGUCCACAGCCCUUUGUUACGGAAAAAGAGAAGAGUGAGCAAAGCAUUGGUCCACAUCACUGACUGGUACCCCACUCUGGUGGGAUUAGCAGGUGGUAAUGAGUCCCUGACUGAAGGGGUGGAUGGAUUUAAUGUCUGGAAAGCAAUCAGUGAAGGAAAAGAGUCACCCAGGUGGGAGAUCCUUCACAACAUCGACCCUUUAUACAACCAUGCACGCUGCGGCUCCCUGCAGAAAGGAUUCGGGAUCUGGAAUACAGCUGUUCAGGCCUCCAUACGAGCAGGAGACUGGAAACUCCUGACAGGAGAUCCUGGAUAUGGCGACUGGAUCCCGCCUCAGAUUCUUCCAGGUUAUCCCAGCAGCUGGUGGGUCCUGGAACGCCACAUUAAACCACGACAAUCUGUGUGGCUCUUCAACAUCUCCCGGGAUCCCAACGAACGCUUUGAUAUGUCAGAGCAGAGACCAGAUGUCGUGAAGGAGCUCUUAGCCAGGCUGGUGUAUUACAACCGGACUGCGGUACCGGUAAGGUACCCAUUAGAGGACCCGCGGGCCCAUCCCCACCUGAAUGGGGGUGCCUGGGUCCCCUGGGUGGGGGAUGAGGAAGAAGACAAGUGGGACAGUGUUUACCUGAAACAAAACACAAAGUGGAGGAAGAAACUCACGCUGAUCAACAGUAGAUUGUUUUUCAGAAAACUCAACAAAAGAAUUAUGUCCAACCGAAUAUAG